AUGGCUGCUGCUCGCAGACCAAAGUGCAGGGCCCGGUUUCCAAGGAGAAAGAAGCAGGCCAGAGGCAGGAAGAGAACACACCGAAAGCUGCUGCCAAAGUACAGAAAGCAACGUAGAAAACAAGGCAAGCAGGGCACAAUAACGGUGAGAAAGCUAGGUGGGCCUCAAAAGCCAGGUCUGAAGCGACCUUAUGAUGAGUUUGUUUCUAAAGUCCUGCGUCGGCUGCAUCGGGACAAAAUACCCAUAUCGACCAAAGCAAAGGGAAAGAUGAUCUCCUUCAUAAGGAAGUUCUACAACAAUGUGUCUGAGAAGGCCCAGUGUAACAAGAGAGUCAAGCAGAGCUGUACCAUCGGCUCCAAGGAAUUACAAAAUGCAUUAAAGAAAGUGAUGAGCAAAAAGCACGCCAUGGAUUUGGUCCAAACUAUACGCAAAGAGCCACGACGCUAUUAG